AUGAAGAUGCGCACUAAUCUUAUUAAAGCAAUCUCCAGUUCUUUUUUUAUUAUCCAAGCUGUCACAGCUCUUUAUGGUUCACCAGCCUCUGGUGGUAACGGUACAUUUCCAAUGUUGGUCAACAAUGAAGGAACCCCAGUUGCUGACGUCAAGCUUGUUAUCAAUUUAGAAAAGUAUUUAGCUUCUGCAACCAAGAAUCCCUUUGAGGAUUUCAAUGAAACAUUAGCAAAGAGAGAUGAUUCAACUGAUUUGGAUUCCGAAGAUGAUGCUAACAGCUCUGAUGACUGGUUGGAAGUUUACACUUAUAAUUUUGAAUACGCUUCAUUAUCAGGUUAUGACACCACUUCAGCACUGGAAAAGAGAAAGGAUAUUCAUGAAUGCACAACCUGGGUCAAGGGAGUAAGAGAAUGUGUCAACCAAAUUUGGGAUGGUCUAGUUGAUGUUUGGAAUAUUUCCUACAAGAUCAAACAAUUGGCAACUGCCAAACAAUGCACAGAGAUUCAUGGGCAACAAGGUGGUAUGUACUACAGAUAUUGGGCUAGUGGUGGUGAUUGUGGUUCUACUGCUGAGCAGAAAACAAUCGCUGGUGCAAUUCAUGCCGCCCUUAAGAAGGCUGAUGGAGAAUGGACUUGUAACGUUUACUGUAUCACUAUGACCCAUGGUGGAACUUGGCAAGGUACUUUGUUAAUUGGUCCAGAUCAAAGUGCGAUGUGGGCCAACUGCGGUGGUGUGUUCAAAGGAUGCUAUGAUACUGGCUGUAAUUCUUUAGAAGGUUGGUACAAUUGUAACAGUUGA